GUGUUUGCCCAUCAAAGUACGAAUAUUAACAUUAAUAGUCCACAACCAACAACAGUUAUUACGUGCUACUUAUUUCUGUCAUUUACACAUGUUAUGCAUGACUGGUUAGCGAUAUUGAAGGGUUUUUCACUGAUCCAGGAAACCUUAAAGCGAGGAUGUGAUUGGCCCGAGUAUCUGUCACUUAUUGGUCCUUGGAGAGCUCAUGUUAGGUCGCAUUGAUCCGCCUCCUGCACACUGGCAGCCUCUGGAGCUAGCAAGCAGCAAAUGUUAGUUUGGAUGCACACAUUUGAAUGAAAGUCAGUGUAGCUGCCUGCAACCACCAGUAACUAGAAUAUCUGCAUUCACUGAAGUUAUUUAACAGUAUAUAGACAUCUGGUGAGGCUGCAUCAAAAUAGAUCCAUCAAUACAUUUGGAAAACACGUGUGGAAGAUAUUUGUGGAAGGGGAAGAAGGACCGGGCUGUGAGGGGCGAUGCAGUGGGUCACGGCGCAGCUCGUCGUCGGGCUGGUCGCAGCGGUGCUGUCGCUGCUGCUGCCGGAGCAGUGCUGUGCGGACAGCGGGGGCCCCAGCCUCGCAGAGCGGGUGAUCUGGGCUGUAAAUGCCGGAGGUGAAACACAUGUAGACGUGCACGGUGUUCACUUUAAGAAGGACCCAUUGGAAGGGAAGGUUGGCAAAGCAUCUGAUUAUGGGACACGGCUGCCAAUACUGCGCUCGAGUCCUGAGGACCAGAUUCUGUAUCAGACAGAGCGCUACAAUGAGGACACUUUUGGAUAUGAUAUCCCCAUUCGAGAGGAAGGGGACUACAUCCUAGUUAUGAAGUAUGCUGAGGUGUACUUUGCCCAGACACAGCAAAAGGUGUUUGACGUCCGUCUAAACGGCCACGUGGUGGUGAAGGACCUGGACAUCUUUGAGCGAGUUGGACACAGUACAGCUCAUGAUGAGAUGGUCUCUUUCUCUAUUCGACGUGGGAAACUGAGCGUGCUGGGAGAGGUGUCAACUUUCAAUGGCAAGCUUGCAGUGGAGUUUGUAAAGGGUUAUUAUGACAACCCCAAGGUCUGCGCUCUCUACGUAAUGAAGGGGACUUCAGAAGAUGUACCCAAACUUCAGCCCCACCCUGGGUUAGGAAAGCCUGAGGAGGAGGAGGAUGAGGAAGAGGAAACUGAGGUCGGUGAGGAAGGUGGCAAGAAAAAGGUUCCUGCAGGUUCAAAGUACAGGGUCCAGUCUGGCCCGAGAACACCAAACCCAUACGCAGCCGACAACAGCAGCCUAAUGUUUCCCAUCCUCGUGGCAUUCGGGGUUUUCAUCCCCACGUUGUUUUGCCUCUGUCGGCUGUGAGCCACCACCAGUGACGGAGGAGACGUCAAACCGACGUGAGUGACUAUGAAGAGAGAGGCAGGGAGGGGGGAAGGGGUCAAGGCGACAACUGCAGCACAGGUAGAAGCAUACACACAGAGGAGAGCUCGGAGAAAACCAUGACGAAGGAGGACAAAAAGAGACAAUAACUUUUCAGGAAGCAGUGAGGGAAUGAAGCAAAUGCUGCCGUCAUAUUCUGCCGUUUGGGCGCAAAGGGAGGUGUAGGAAGUGUUUGCUGCGCGCUUCUUUGUGAAUGUGUUUCGCAUCCACCUCUGCUGACCCUUUUGAACAAUGUUAGUCAUUUCCACUCAGAGACUGGGCAGUAUUUACAGAUGCCAGUCUGUGCGGUUUGAAACCACAUUUCAGUAGCUAGGGGAUGCUCAGGAGUGAUUAGUUGGGGCCUGUUUUAUAAACUAAAAGCAUUGUUUGUACCAAGUGUUGCAAGGAUGCACACUCUGUAACGCCUCUGCUCAGCAUCUGAUCAGAAAAGUUACCUUAAAAUUAUAAAUGGUGCUGCUCAGAAUUUGAUUCGGCAGAAUAGAAACAGACGGUUAGUGGGAUUACAGUUUCCUUUUGAGAGGCCCCUGUUUUUCUCAACGUGUCACAUUUUCGUUUUCUUUUCACUCAGAUCAAGUAAGUCCUUUGUCAACGUGCCAUCAUCUAUUUGCCAUGAGUAAUUUGAAGAAGAGUCAAGGGGUGUUGAACCAGUUGACCCACCUUUACAGAAGUACAGGUCGAGUUUGAAAAAUCUUUGUUCCACCAAAUAUUGAUUCAGGGCUUUGAAAAGUGUCCUGGACAGUUCUCAUUCAAGGAUGGUUUCAUUUUAAUGUGCACACUUUACAAGGUUAGUUGCUAAACACUCAGUGGUUUCUCUCAGUAAAAGUUGUGCGCACAGUUGCAUUUAGUGAGAGGCAAAGUUUAUGCUGUGAAGUGCUUAAGCUCAAAUGAGUCAGGAUCUUUACAUCGCUGUAUUCUCUGUGACCUUUGCCUUUUUCUAUUCAUUCAUUAUGCAUGCCUGCCUUUUUGUUUCACCAAAGAAUGUCUUUUUUUUUUUUACUGUGUCAGAAAGGAAAGCUUGAGGCCCUGUUUUUUUAAUUUGACAAACAUCUUUAAAACAUGAUUUUGUGAUGCCUUUUGAGGCACUUGGUUUAAUUAAGGCGUCUUUGGACCUAUGCUUCCCUCCUGCUUCACAGCUGAGUUCAUUUCGAGGGAUAGUGUGUUAUGAUUAUGUUGUUUUGUCCCACAUAUGUGUUUCACUUUAAAGCAGAAUGCUGUGUAGACUCUGUUAGGCCAGGAACUUCAGUCCUCCAUGUUAUUUAAAACAUAGACAACAGGCUGCUGCAGCAACACAAUAAACUGAGUCUGUGCCAGACCUCUUAAAAAUUUCUGUGUGCUCAUCCACCUGCAGCAAGAGGAACGAGAGCUCAUCAUGGAUGUGAUCAGAAAAUCAAAUGUUUACCAAACGUUUUGAAUCAACAUUUAUUGAGUGUCCCUUAUUUUUCACUCAGCCUUUUGAAAUUUGUUGUCUUAAAACUGUUUAACGUGGACUGUGAAGUGUAAAGCUUCAGAGCAGUCGUGCUGCAUGUUCAUCCUUAAGUUCAUGGAGCAUACGAGUGACAACAUUUUAUCAUUGAGCCUUUUUUAAAUCUCAUUUGCCUUUUUUUUUUCUACAUGGCCACAUCGUAGAGUCUGCUCUGAGUGUUCAUGUCUCAUCUGUUGGAUAUCAUCUUCUGCUUUCCUUGCAGACAGAAAAGCAGCUUUGUUCUUCAUUUUUACUGAAGUUGUGUUGUGAACUCCCCUAUUUAUGUAUCUAGUUACCUCCCUUAAGUGCUUAGCUCGACUCCAAGGAAGAUUUUGUAACUUUGCCUGCUUCACUAAUGCGUCUUAAAUGUCCCCUAACUCCUGCUCCCCUCAUCAGUACUGCGGUUGCCAAACAGUACUUGAAAAAAUGGUCAAUAAUUCAGGUGUUGUGGAUCCUUCCUCGUUCCCUGAUCCUCCUUCCCAUUUUGAUUGAUAAUGGGCAAAAAAAAAGUUUGUACCAGAAAAGAUUUGGUCAGUUUUUGGGGUUUGAUGUUUUUCUUUCUUAAUUUUUAAAACUGUAAAGUCAAAUCAUAUUUAAGAUGUUUAAGCACCUUUUUUUUUUUCCUCUGAAAAGAUGCAAAAAAUCAUUUAAUUCACCACCAAAGUCACCGUGUUCUGUUCUUCUGUAAGUCUACACAGCUGCGUGUGUAUAUAAGGUACAAGAUCACACUUUCUAUUGUGUGACACCGGUUUUGUUUUCUUCACUUUUUGAGUUGUAGCCGAGGUGUUUGGGUUUUUUUUUUUUCCCUCCUGAGGAAGACUUUGUGGCCUUUCUUCUGGGGGAGGAACGGUUGUUGGUACAGAGAAUAAAACAGGCAGUUAGAUGAACUGACUGCUGGAAAUUAAAAUAAAUGAGAUUAUAUCUGAAAAUGUGGGAUCUUCCAUUCUAUUAUAUAUAAUUUAAAUCAGAGAGGGGCUGAUCUGGAGAUAUUCUAUAAUACGCUUGGAAUUGUAUGUUUGACAUUUUUUCCUCAGGAUCUGUUUUGUUUUUGAGUUUUUAAAACGUUAUAUUUUAUUGGUGUGACAUUUUGCACUGCCUCAUGUAUUUUGAAAUCAUUUGUUUGUGUAUUUGUCUUUGUUGCCUUGAAAUAUUGAAUACAUCGUGCUUUACCAUCAUUCGCCUUGAGGUUGCUCUUCUGUUGGUUUACAUCGAAUUACUCUCUUUUCUUUGUCUUCUCUGCUCAACACACUGUUCAGGGCUGGAUUUUCGCUCCACACUCACAGAUCUCGAUAGGAUUAAAGGAUGACUGUUGAUAUAACUAACACAUCUCCAGUCUGUUCUUACACUCAGCUUUUCUGGGCACCAAGCCAGUCAAAAACAAAUGAAGAGGGCCGCAGGAGAACUUUGUGAAAUGUUUCUAUCCUGCCCUUGUUUCAAGCAGUCUUACCUGUUAUGCAUUGAGCUUACUGCCAGCCUCUUUUCAAAUUUACUGACUAAACAUCCUAAAGCUGGGUGAACUGGAGUUGAAUGAAGAUCUGCUCUCAGUUUUUUUUAAGCUAUUUUUCACGAGAACCAAAGAAUUGCCACUAUUCCAUUAUAAUUCUUAAACAUGGCGUCCAAACAUGGCGCUAAAGGUUCUUCUGUUCUGUCAGUCUUUUGUUUUUCUGGCCUGGUGAAGCUGUGAAUAAACCAGGGACAGUAAACAUGUCUUGUCACUGCUCAUGAUUUCCCUGCCAUUACACCCAGUCUUGUUGAAAUGUCCAUCCUCUGAGUCAUUUUAAUUGCUCUGUAAUUACUGUACGUUUGUUUGAGAUGACCAUUUCUGCUUGUUGCUGUAUUUCCUUGUUUUUCGUUUUCGAAGAAACUGAACAUGCGAGAUGAAUUUAAACUGAGACAUAUUUGAAAAGCAAAACAUCAGCCAGCUUGUCCAUUCGUCCAGGCAGCAGACCACACACACACGCAGCAAGGUUGCAGAGCGUGUGUUGAAUAAGAGUCCUACUGUAUAGAUACACGUGUUGGAGACAAAUGCUCCUCUGAGGGCUGUAGGCGGCAGCAGGUGGACUAAAAAAGUAUCGGAGACCCCUGAUCUUACUCAGAUGUGGCAUAUAUCUGCAAAAUGGGAAAUGCUGAUAAAUGCUGUCUCUUUUUAAUAAAUGUGCUAUUUUAUCUAAA